UUGAUUGGAUAGCCCAGCAAAGCUGAAUGGCGCCGGUUAGGUUGGUUCACGUGAACGCUUUUCUUUUGUUGUGAUUAAACGUUUAGCUAGCUGCCGAACUAUUCCCCUAAACGUAUUAUUCAGAUAAUCAGUUUCUUCGAUUUUUUUUGAGAGGAUGAGUGGCGGGGUGUAUGGAGGCGAUGAGGUUGGUGCACUGGUGUUUGACAUAGGCUCUUACACAGUGAGAGCUGGCUAUGCUGGAGAAGACUGUCCCAAGGCUGACUUCCCCACAGUGAUCGGUGUGACCCUGGACAGGGAGGAUGGAAGCACUCCAAUGGAGACCGAUGGUGGCGAUAAGGGGAAGCAGGGUACCAACUACUUCAUCGACACCAACCAGCUCAGAGUUGCCCGCGAGAACAUGGAAGUCAUGUCACCGCUCAAAAACGGCAUGAUCGAGGACUGGGACAGCUUCCAGGCCAUCCUAGACCACACCUACAAAAUGCACUUCAAGUCCGAGCCCAGCAUGCAUCCCGUACUCAUGUCAGAAGCCUCGUGGAACACGCGAGCCAAGAGGGAGAAGCUGACCGAGCUGAUGUUUGAACAUUACAACAUUCCUGCAUUCUUCCUGUGCAAAACGGCUGUGCUGUCCUCCUUUGCCAACGGACGCUCUACAGGAUUAGUGUUAGACAGCGGGGCCACACACACAACUGCCAUUCCAGUGCACGAUGGUUACGUUCUUCAGCAAGGCAUUGUCAAAUCUCCUCUUGCGGGGGACUUCAUGAGCAUGCAAUGUAGAGAGCUAUUUCAGGAAUUAAAUGUUGAAAUAGUUCCUCCUUACAUGAUUGCAUCAAAGGUGAGACCUGCUAAAGAUGCGGUGCGCGAAGGAGCCCCAGCCAGCUGGAAGAAGAAAGAAAAACUACCUCAAGUCACUCGGUCCUGGCACAACUACAUGUGUAAUACUGUGAUCCAGGACUUCCAAGCCUCUGUGCUGCAGGUUUCAGACUCGCCUUACGAUGAACAGGUUGCAGCCCAGAUGCCCACGGUUCACUAUGAGCUGCCAAACGGAUACAACUGUGACUUUGGAGCGGAGAGGCUGAAGAUUCCAGAAGGCCUUUUCGACCCCUCCAAUGCCAAGGGUCUGUCCGGCAACACCAUGCUGGGAGUCGGCCAUGUGGUGACCACCAGUGUAGGAAUGUGUGACAUCGACAUUCGGCCGGGUCUUUACGGCAGCGUGGUGGUCACCGGCGGCAACACGCUGAUCCAGGGCUUCACAGACCGACUCACUAGAGAACUCUCUCAGAAAACCCCUCCCAGUAUGAGGCUGAAGUUGAUAGCCAACAACACCACAGUGGAGCGCCGGUUCAGUGCCUGGAUUGGAGGAUCCAUCCUCGCAUCACUGGGAACUUUCCAGCAAAUGUGGAUCUCGAAACAGGAGUAUGAGGAGGGUGGGAAGCAGUGUGUAGACAGGAAGUGUCCUUGAUCCACCGCCAAAAAGGUUGCCUCCAGUACAUCCAGCAACCUGUCUAGUUAACCUUAUGCUGUGGACUCAGGAACACCAAAGGACGGUCGCUGUUCUUGUAGAUAAACAAAAAAAUAGUCUGACUCUUAUUUUAUGCAGACUAUUGACUAUAACAAACUGUCAAAUAUUGAUUUGCUAUGAAGUGUGUAGAACGUUUUGACUCCAUUUUCUGUAUGGUUAACUUGAUUUUUAUUUUUAUUUUUUUAUAUCAAACCUUUUGAAAGGUGUGAAACGAUUGGGCAGUGUUAUUGUCUGUGCAUUCUCCAAUGUGUUGUCAGGUGACUGUAAUUUGUAAGCCUUUUUCAUUUCGAGGCUGGUGAAAAAGGUUCUUGGAGGUGACCUAACAGUGUCAUUGAAUUGCUGUCAUUGAGUUUCUCACUAGACAUUAAUUGCAAUUUAAAUCCUUAUUUAAUUUUACCAAUGUUGAUAUUUGAUUGGCUGUUGUCUUUGGAAAAUAAAAUGAUUUCUUAACA